AUGGCGAUCCGACGCAGGAGGCCCACACCCGCCACGCUCUUCAGAGUAGCGGAACAAUCAUCGCCUGAUGACGAUCAGUCCACUCAUCAGUGGGUUGUUGGAGAGAACGGAGUCCUGAAACCAAAACGAGUAAACCCAAAUGUGUAUCAGCCUCCAUCACUCAAAGCUGUGCAGAAGAUGGCUGAAGCACAUAUGCAGAACCUAGGUGUCUAUCCUUUGGAAGACUCUUAUGAGGGUGAGGAGGAUGAGGAUGAGGAGGAUGCAUCUUCUGGCCAAACAGCUGAUCAUCAAGAGACAGCCACCACUGAACAGUUUUCCAACGUGAGAGACACGGCCAAGCAGAUUGAAGCAGCGCGUGAGGAAGACGAGGAGGAGGAGGACAAGGAGGUGGACAAAAUUGAGGAGAACAGCCGGGGGUGCAACCGAGAGUGAGCGAAGACAACAUUUGGAGGGGAGAUAUGGGGGAGAAAGACGGGAAAUGGUUAAAAUCUGAAGCACUCAGAGAAAUUAAGAAAUGGUUGGAGUCGCAGUUACGAGUUGUGAGCUGUGAGUGGACUGAAUGAUAGAUAGUUUCAUGAAUGUGUGAGUGAGUAAAGCUUUCUGUACUACUUCACCUCAAAAGGGUCUGGGUUUUAUAAUGGGGGACAAAGAGGGAACUUGUGAAUUUGGGAGAUCUUAUGAGCAGGUGAGGAAUGAGCUACUGACAUAGCAGACUACAGACGCCACUUUGGCUGUAGUGCCCCUUUGUUUGUAUAAACUGGAUGGGCUAAGGUCAGUGUGACCAAAAACCAUGCAAAGACCACCCUCCUUCCUUCAAACUCUGGAGCUCAGAACUAAACGUUCCUUAAAAGAGGCCAAAGGGUUAAACAUGUAAACGUUUUUUAGUUCCUUUUCACUUUUAUCUCCUAUACCACACUUUUAUAAAAGCACUUAAAUGUCUUAGAUUGUGUGACAUGUUCUCAGCUUUUUGGAUACCCAACACGGACGUCAUUGUCUUGAUCAUCCCCGAAUGCACACUGCCACCUUGUGGUAGGAAGUAGGAUCUGCAGGGUUACAGUGCUACUCCAGCCACUUGUUGUAACUUUUUCAGUUCUAAUCCAUGACAGUGUCAUGACAUCAAACCCUGCUUUAAUUUAUGCUCCUUUUAUGACUACACUUCUUCUGCCAAAGCCUUUAUAUGCAUUCAUAUUCUUUAAUUACUCCGCCGUAGAGUAGUUGUUAGUGUUCAUGACAGACCAAUUCUGUCAGAUUUACUGUUUGUAAUUAGGCUGAUGUUUCUGUGGCUGAACUUGAAAGGCUCAUUCAUAUUUUUCUAAAGCCCCCCAAAAAUAACAAUGGCUGUAAUAAUGGAUAUUUUCCAUAAGAGUGACUUACGCUAAUACGAUAAAAAAGAUUUGGCUUAGGGAAUAACUCAAAUCCAAGACUGACAAAUAGCUAAAUCUUUUUGGGCCUUUUGUUUAGUGUAUGUGAGGUUUUAAAGAACAAAGCUGGAUCAGUUUUUCCCAGAAGCCACCUCCUGCCUAGUUUUUUGGGCUGGAGUCAUCAUAAACUGACAAAACAGUUUGGGAAUGAAAAGUUACAUUUCAAAUCUUUCCUCAUUUAAGGAUUCACAUGGGCCCUUUUUAUAUAUCAACUCUUUUGUAACGACAUCUUUUUUGACGGUUUCCUCGUGAUUUGUAUGUCAUGGAUCUGCGUUGAGAGCUAUUUUUCUAAUCUGAAGUCAAGUGUAGGAGGAGCUCAGCAGCUGCUUAUCUCCAAAUACACAGAAAUCACAAGUUUGCGGCAUGCAGCUCCAAGAGGUUAAAGCCAGCUGCCGUUCAACAAACGUUUGAACAAAACGAGCCCUGUAAAGACUCCCUGCGCUGUUUUUACCACCGAUAACACAUUUUUUCUCCUGAGUUCAGCUGAAUCUGAAAUGUCUUUAGUCAGCACAUUUCUUUGAAUUGUAACUUAGCAUUUAAAUCAGAAACUGAUGUGUGCGAAGGUUUCCAGUUGUGUAAAUACGUUGUGCUGUUUAUAUAAUCUGGGCUGCUGUUUGUACAUAGAAUUCAGUGGAACUGUUUUUAACCUCUGACAUGAUGACUGGAUGAAGCUCUGCAGCCAAAGCUGUCCUCCCAUUCCCUCGCUCACCACCAUGUCCAACAUCUCCCCUCAACCCCCAGGUCAGAAGAAAACAACCAUGAAAAGACUUGUACGAACUAUAUACCCAUUCUGUCUCUAUUUCUCUAUUAUUUUCCAUUUAUUUUCUUGUUCCCGAUUGUGAUGUUUUUGUUUUACAGUGAGCAACUUUAUGAUAUCAAAUAAACUCAUUUUCUUUUCUCCUUUAAUCAUCCAACACUUUGUCUGUGCAUAUGUGUUCUUCGAGGGAACAAAGACAUGCAAAAUUUCAAUGUCUGUGGGCGUUAAUAAUUCCCUUUUAGUUAUUAAUCAUUAGCCCCUGCAACCCUGAUCAAGCAGGUAUGAAAAAUGGAUGGAUGGAUUUAGUUAAAGAUUUUGUGGAGGGACAUUCUGGUUGUGAUUUUGGGGUGAGUCACUGGAAUCUGAAAUAUUAGGAAACUGUAUGAGUGCAUGUAAUAAAUCAGAAUACCAUAUGAAGUGUAUAUAUUUCUAAUUUUUAAAAAUGUGUGUUUGAUUAGUGCUUUGAAAUACACCUGUUUAAAUGCAGAUAAUUUAAUCACGUGUGGCGCAAGAUGAGAGGAGUGGAUUUACAAAUUGGGACAAUAAUUGAUACAUCAAUAAAAUAUUAGAAAUGGGUAAUAAAAUGUAAUUAAUCAUCAAAAUAGUUUUAUUUGAUCUUUUAACCAAUUGUUUGGUUUAAUUAAAUUGCUUUUAAACUAAAAGGAUGUUCAAUUGUGUAAGGUUGUUGUUCCUUAAGAGCAAUCAUCUCAUUAUGAAAUUUAUAAAGAAUUAGCAAAGACUAUUAUGUAUGAAAUGAAUAUAAUCUGUAACAAUUUGUCUUUCUGAUCUAUUAAGUAUACUUUAAUUUUCUUCUUGAAAUAGGAUGCCGAUUUUACAACAAUCUGUAAAAAAAAUAUAGAAAUAUGGGGGCUGUAAAUCAGCAUGUAAACAUUAGGAUUCAAUUUAGUGUAUUUCUGGUUGGGCUCAGUCAGUAACUUUGGUUUGGACUUCAAAAUGUACAUACAAACUACUUAUAAAGGGUCAGAAAAUGAAGGUGGGUUAGGGGUCUAAUGUCAUUUAUUUUGAUUGCCUGAAAGUACCUUGUAUGGAGAGAAAAAUGUUCUGAACUGAGAUUCAACUAAAUGACAAGAUUAAACUACAUCACAAGGAGAAAUGUUGAUCCGUCAUCAUGAGUUGUCUGACUUUUAGGAUAUUUUCUGUACAUAAUCCAAUUUUUCACAGCUGAAAUUUUAGGGAAUCUUUCCAGUGAAGACUUGUGUCCCCUUUUUGAAAAUAUUAUUGGAUUUUGAAGCCUUUGUAGCAAUUUCCAUGUGCUAAAAUGUCAGGCCAAAUUGUUAGAAUAAGAUGAUGGUUAGCUUUACUUUGGCCUAUUUUUACAGGAAAACACAUACUGGGAAGCAUCACAUAAUGUUUUUGUAAGAUUAGUUUAAAACUGACUUCACUGCAUUUCCUGUCAUAUAACACCUGUUAUAUCAAGUGUUCGUUUAAUAGAUUUUGAUUGCCUGAAUAAGCAGAGAAUGCUGAACUUUGUAAUACUUAGUGAAAAACAUAAUAAAGAGUACAGGAAUUUGAAAUG